ACAGUACUGUCUUCAAACUAUUCUGGGUUUUACGGUAGGGUAGUCAAAUGUUAAACACCUCGGAACUUGCCGGCUGGUUGUAGCGGAUCCACAUCGUACAGCUUAAAAAUCAUGAGAAACCUCUGGACCAAAGCUCGUGUGGUGGGGUCAGUAUCAGUGUCCAUGGCCUUUGGGUCGAUGCUGUGGUCGCAGAAGAAACCCGAGCCUGUUCAUACCGACAUUUCUUCGACUCCCGCCGAAGGUAUGAUUACUGCUUCCGCUUAUGAGCUGAAACUAGUGCAAGUUUUGUUCCGCCAUGGAGCUCGAACCCCGCUGAAGUCCAUUCCAGACGUCAUGGAGGCUCAGUGGGUGCCCAACCUCCUGGAGCCUCCAGCGCACACUGAGAUAAGCUACGUGGUGACAGACCUGGAUGGUGGUCCAAGGCCACCGGCACCAGUGGAGGACAGUUACCGGAGCAACAUUUUGACCGGCGGUACCUUCCCCGGCCAGUUGACAACAGUAGGUAUGCAGCAGCUGUAUGAGUUGGGUCAGCGACUGAGGAAGAAGUACAUCCAGGACACACCCUUUCUCUCCUCAUCCUUCAGUUCGUCUGAGGUCUAUGUGCGCUCUACUAACAUUGUGAGGACUAUCGAGUCAGCCAAAUGUCUGGUAGCAGGACUGUUUCAGCAGACUCAGAAUGACGCUGUUCCCAUCUUAACGACGGAUUCAAAGUCAGAGAUCCUGUACCCUAACUACCAUGGCUGCAAACUGCUCAAACUACUGGGGGGCCAUCGCUGGGCGGAGUCUUCCACACUGCCAGACAUUGCAGCAGACUUGCAGUUGCUUCAAAGCGCCCUCGGUGUUGGUCUUCACCAGCGCCUGGACUUCAUCCUCAUCAGAGAUGACAUGGUGGCCAGAGAGACCCAUGGUCUUCCCUGCCCUCCAGUCCUGCACACCUGGAGGAACACAGUGGAGCAGAGAGCAGUGGACAUGAUCUGUCAUAUCUAUGAACCCAGCAAGAGGGAGAACCUGCAGCUGUGUGUGGGUCCUCUCCUCCACACCUUGAUGGGCAACAUGGAGGACAAGCUCCAAAAGGCACCGACAGAGCCAAGCAGGAAGAUGUUCAUGUAUUCUGCCCACGACACCACCCUGAUGCCCUGUCUCAUGGCUCUGGGCAUUUUUGACAUGCGUUGGCCACCGUACGCUGCUGACAUCACUCUGGAGCUGCACCAGCAUCAGCAGACAAAAGAGGCCUUUGUCAAAGUUUCCUACAUAGGACAGGACCAGCUGAUCCCAGGCUGUAGUGGAGUCUACUGCCCCCUGCAGGAGUUCAGGCAGGCCCUGUCUGCUUAUUCCCUUACAUCAGAACUCUACCAGUCCCUCUGUAACCACUCUGAGAGCCUGACUGAGCACUGAGCCCUUACCUUUAAUACCCUUUUCUCUGACCACCACUCGCAGCUUAACUCAAACCCCCUCUCUCACACCUAGCAAACUGCCUUGGUUUCAGCCAAUCGAGCAAACCAUGCUUCAGACAGCUAACCAUUCACAUACUCAUUCAGUAAGCUUUUAAAUGAUGGUAUGGUCUUAACACUAAUCUGCCCAUACUUCAUUCUGGGACAGUUGCGAUUCUUAUUUUUUGUCUGAACAAAAUGAGCUGCAAUGGUGGUCAUACAUUAGGAAGGUGAAGAUUUAAAGUGAAGACACUUAAAAAUCAACAGAUGUAUUGUAAAUCACAAGCACAUCUCAUUCUUAAACUGUUGACGAGAAACAUAGCUCAAAGCCAAUCUAAAUGACUGACUGUACCACCUUCAUAUCAAGCUCUCUUUUGGGGGAAACUAGCACUUCAUGUACAUAGUUUUUAUAAUGACAGUGUUUAACCUUCCUGUUAUGUUUGGAAACUGGCUGCAGCUAUGAUAUUCAUGAACCAAUGUGUCUAUUAGCAUAAAUCAGGUAAUUCAGGCAUAAUACACAUAUUAAUAUCCGCAAUACUGUGUUUUCUAUUAUCUUAUUUGUAAUCUAAAAUAGUCAAAUUCCCCUUUUAUCUAUUUAUUUAUUUGAUCCCACAAUAAUUCUAUUUGCAUUAUACCUUUUGUUUUUAUUCCAAAACACAAUUGAUCUAAUCGAAUUGUAAUUUAUUAUAAUACAGGAUUAUGGCUUCUUGUCCUCGAUGUUGUUGACUUCAGCAUCCUUGUGAUGAGUACUCAUCCUUACCACAUUCUUGUUCUUCUUGGGUUGUUAAGAGACAAGUGUUGUGGUAUGUGAAGGGACGUCUGUCUUUUGCUCAUGUUUAUUUUUUUGCAUUGUUCCCACCAUGGUAAAAAAAAUUAUUCUCAGUAAAUCCCAGGUUAUAUUACAUGAAGAAGUUGUCACAGCUAAUGUGCCCCUUGAGACCAUGUCUAAAACCACACGCAUUCCUUGGCACUUUUCGGGAACCAGGUUUUCAUGAGUACACCAACAGGUUCCAAGCAUAGCUGCUUCUGGCAUCACAUGCCACCAAUACCUUUAUGCUGUACUUCCCCUGCUGGCUAGGUAUGUAUGUUUAAAGGGACAACAACCUCAUAAAUAAACCAGUUGUUCAUCCACUGUGACUUCAGGCCCAGGAUUGUAGACAAAGCAAGCUCAACACCCAAUGUCCCACACACCCCUGAUGAUAGCUUGUAUUGCUCAUGGUGUGUUGACCUUAUCACAUUGAAUCACACUGGAGAAAAUACAUGUUUUCGAGCGGCAUGGUUGCUUGAAACAAUAGCACGACUUGUCUCUGCAUCCCAUAAACUCGCUGUAGAUUCAUUUUUGGACACUCCAGCAAAAAUUGCCCCAAGUAUGCAUGUGUGUCUUAUCCAGUUCCUUCCAUUUGCUACUAUACAACAUUUUUGUCAUCUCCAAGAUAGUUUUAUGAAAUUAACAGUUCAAAUGCAAAUGUUGUAUCUGUGACAUUCAUUAUGGCAAAUAGGGUGUGCCCUGGGUUCAUUCAAUGUUAAUUUUGAGAUUGUCUUUUUUUUUUUUACAUGUUUGUUUCUUUUAGGUUGCAAACCAUCAGGUUAUUCCUCUUGAUCAGAGACAAGGUUUCACCAUGAUCAGGAUUGUACUCUUUCUAGUCAUCAGUUUCUCACCUUUAUUUUAGUCAACAUUCUCGUCCUCACAAUCCUGACAACAGUGACAUUUUCUCACACUGAAAAGUGUUUGAUCUUGAAAUCCAGAUAGACAUCGUAGUGCGACACCCAAAAGUGAACCCUCAAAUCCCUUAAGACAUGGGAGUGGGAUAGGCAACUCAGAACCAUCAGGCAUUUUGGAGCACCACUGUGUGUGUGUUUAGGUGUAGUGAAGCACUAUUCUCUCUCACCUGCACAAUUUCUUUUUUGUUACACUGUGUAACAAAAAUGUACGAGUUGAACAAAUUGUCGAAAUUGAUCUAUACAUAUAUAUUUCAACUUCUUUAUUAACCAUUAAGGAUAUCAAGUUUUUACCAAAUUCAAAAUUGACCCAAAAAAGGAUUAGAAGGUUAGUGUAUAUAAGGGAAUGUGUGUUUGUAGUGUUUACCCAUGCUAUUUUAGCCUUUUCAAAGGGCCUUGUUUUUUGAAAGAGGUGUGUGUGAGUGAGAGCAGGUGCCGCCUUUAAGGAGUUAUUGUUGUGCAUAUAAAUAUAUUAUUGGUAAUUAACAAUCAUACGCACUGGUUUGUUUUGUAAUUUUCCUCAUCACCUUCAUUUGAGUUUGCUGUGGUGUGGUGCAGACAAAUAAAAAGAGUCGGUCAACAGUGCUGUCUCAUUUAAACUCAA